CUUUGGGUGAGACCUCCGAGGAGAGAAGAUUUUUGUGUGAAGCUUGUGGUGUUGAUAGUUUUAAUUCAUGGAAGCCUUCUGGGAUUUUGUUAGCAUGUUUCAGAGCAGGGCCAUGGGGGAUGCAGCACCAGCACAGCAGCCCCAGCCCAGGGCUGCUCGCUGCCGGCUCUUUGAUCCCAGCAUGAGGAGUGUGGCCAGGAGGAUGAGAACUUUCCAGCAUUGGCCCCGCAGUGCCCCUGUGUCUGCCCAUGAUCUGGUCCAGGCUGGGUUUUUCUACGUGGGCCCCAGGGAUGAGGUGCAGUGUUUCUGCUGUGGUGGGAUCCUGAAGGACUGGAGACCUGGAGAUUGCCCYGUAAUGGAGCACCUGAAUUUCUUCCCUUCCUGCAAAUACGUYGGCAGUGAGGAUGUUGGGAACCAGGAAUUGUCAUCCCUGCAGGAGAUGUUUGACACUGUGGAUGGGCAGUUCCUGAGUCUGUUGCAGGGGAUAGUGAGUGAGGARACAGCUCUGCCCAACGAGCCAGAGUACCCUGAGAUGGCCACAGAGGAGAUGAGACUGUCYACAUUUGAGAACUGGCCACAGAAUUCCAGCAUGCAUCCAGAGCAACUGGCUAGAGCAGGAUUCUUUUACACAGGACAAGGAGAUGUGGUGAGGUGUUUUUACUGUGAUGGAGGUGUGAGGAGCUGGUCCGUCGGAGAURAUCCUUGGAGGGAACAUGCCAGAUGGUAUCCAGAGUGUGAAUUUUUACUGCACUCAAGGGGAAGAGAAUUUGUUAGCAGCGUUCAGACGACCUUUUCUACCACCCUGCUGGCUCCAAGACAUUCCUGGGAUCAGACUGARCAAGACUCUCCUCCUUCCCAAGAUCCUCUGAGCCAUUGGAAAAUGCUGGCUAACCCUUCUGAGGAUCAGAGUGCCCUAGUGYACAAUGUCCUGCAGAUGGGCUUUGACCCCACCUGGGUGGCAAACCUGGUGGAGAAUAAAUUUGCGCUGACUGGGACUUUCUACGAGUCUGAGUCGGAGCUGAUUUCAGAGCUGCUGCAGUCAGGCUGGGGGGCCAGCAGCAGUGCAGGGGGAAGCAGAGGUGCUGAUCAGAGAGAUGCUGGAACAUCACACCAAGAAAUGCGACCUGUGCAGCAAAAGGAAUCAGGCGAAUCUCAGCUGAGCACAGAAGAGCAGCUCCGCCGCCUGCGAGAGGAAAGGAUGUGCAAAGUGUGCAUGGACAAAGAUGUGUCUGUUGUGUUUGUUCCCUGUGGCCACCUCGUCUCCUGUGCAGAAUGUGCCCUCAACCUGAGGAUGUGUCCCAUCUGCAGAGCUGUCAUCCAGGGCAGCGUCAGAGCUUUCAUGUCCUGAGCCACCAUGCACCUGAGGGCAAAGAUAAGUCUGUGCAACUAAUUCAUAACUCAGCAGAGAGAGGAAAUAA